AUGGGGAUAAACUCGUCAAACCCAGCUCAUGAGCCCGCGAUCAUCCCAUCGCAGACAAUGGAUAAUAUACCAGUCCUGGAUCAAAAGCCCACUGCAGACACGGUGGUAAACGGAUCCACUGCUCAUGCAAAUGGCACGUUCACUUGCAAGGAUGCUCCAGUCGAGAACCAACGCCCUCUCAAGGUCCGUGUGAUUGGCGCUGGGUAUUCAGGAGUCUACCUCGGCAUCAGAAUCCCACAACGUCUGCGCAACAUUGAUCUCAAGAUUUACGAGAAGAACGAAGGUGUUGGAGGAACGUGGUGGGAGAAUCGGUAUCCAGGUUGCGCCUGUGAUAUCCCAUCUCAUUCUUAUCAGUACACCUUUGCCCCAAACAAGGCUUGGUCAGGCUUUUAUGCGCCUUCACACGAGAUUUGCGCCUACAUCGACGGCGUGGCAGAGAAAUACGGUGCCAAGCGCUUCAUUCAUCUCGGACAUAGAGUAACCAGCGCUACUUGGAAUGAUACCGCCAAGAAAUGGCACAUCACGGUUGAGACCAACGCUGGAGAGAGCUUCGCCGAGGAAGUAGACGUCGUUGUUGCAGCUAGAGGUAACCUCAACACAAUCUCUUGGCCUGACAUUCCUGGCUUUGAUUCCUUCAAGGGGCAAAAGAUGCAUUCGGCGGCCUGGGACCAGGAGUAUGAUUUUAAGAAUAAGAAUAUCGGUGUCAUCGGUGGUGGCUCGAGCUCGAUUCAGAUCGUCCCGGAGCUGCAAAAGGUCGAGGGUGCCAAGUUGAACUGCUUUGUUCGCAGCAAGGUCUGGAUAUCGAACCGCUUUGGCGAUGUGACGAUGAAGCAAUUGGGAUGGGAUCCUUCUGACAUUGAAUUCUCGGCCGCUCGUUUGGCAGAGUUCGUCAAGAGUGAUGACGAGUAUCUCCGCUUUCGUAAGCGCAUUGAGGACGACGGCAACUUGGUCCAUCUUUCAACCCUCAAAGACUCAGAGAUGCAGAAAGAGUUUGUCGCCAUGUUCUCAAAGAUCACCAACGAUGUUCUUGCUUCACGACCCGAUCUUCUCGAAUCAUUCUCACCAACCUUUGGUGUUGGAUGUCGUCGUUUAACACCAGGACCAGGUUAUCUCGAGGCGUUAUCUCAGCCCAACGUCAACUUCAUCACACAGGGUAUCGAGAGUAUCAACGAGAGGGGCCUGAAGCUCACCGGACCCGGAGGGCGACAAAUCGAUGUUGAUGUUUUGGUCUGUGCAACGGGCUUCCAGACUAACUACACCCCUCCUUUCCCUGUCGUCGGUAGGCAGGGAGUAACGUUGAAGGACAAGUUCGAUCCGUUCCCUGCGACGUAUCUGACCAUGACGGUGGAUGGUUUCCCCAACUACUUUAUGAUGCUUGGACCCAACUCAGCCAUUGGCGCGGGCUCUCUGACCUGUCUUCUCGAGGCAGAAGGCGAUUACAUCGUUAAGUGCAUCCGCAAGCUGCAGAAGGAAGAUUACAUAACCAUGGAGCCCAAAGCAUCACGCGUCCAAGACUUUGCAGACUACAUUGGGGAGUACUUUAAGAAGACUGUCUACAUGGACGACUGUAAGUCAUGGUACAAGAUUGGGGGCGGACAUGGUGACAAGAUCUCUGCUCUUUGGCCCGGAAGUGUGAUGCAUGCACUAGAGGCGAUGAGGGCGCCAAGAUGGGAGGACUUUGGGUUUGAGGAGAUACAUGAGAAUAGACUUAGAUGGCUGGGUAAUGGGUGGAGUAUGUGUGUUAUGGAGGAGGAGGAGCAGGGUGACCCGAGUUGGUACGUGAACCCAGAUGUAGUGGAUGUGCCGCCUGAAGGGAAACCAGAGAGGGAUCCCAAAUACCUGGCCAGGCCAUUCUCUUACUGA